GCGAGCAAGCAAGCAAGCAAGCAAGCGCACACGCACCGUGCGUGUACGUAAUGCUAGUGGUGGAAAGCGCACCUGUAAUUUCAACGUGCAAGGGGCCUUUUGGCAAGCAGCCGCAAGCAUGUGUGUGUAGAAAGGGUGGGCUGCAAAGAAUGUGGGAAACAGAAAGUGCAGCAUGCUGGACCACUGGAAGCUUUCGUGGGGCAACGCAGGUGGGUGCCAGCAUGGCAAGAGACACUUGUUGAAUCGUUCUGGCAGCAGCUUUGACGGGCCGGAAGCCAAUUCGUUGGGCAGGUCUAAUUCAGGCCUGUUUCACCACACUUGCGGGGCCUGGCACAACAAGGCUGGCGUGAACUGCGGGUAUGGGUGGGACUCCGCCUGCAAGCUGCAAGUGCUCCACGGGUCUGGCAUAGCGUACCAGGUCCAGAGCGCGGAGCUGGAGUUCGCCACAGACGACCCGAGCCAGGCCCGGGCCUUCCGCGGGCGCAUGGACGUGCCUGCGACCUACUCGGGCACUGCGACGGCCAACAGCUGGUCCACCUUCAACAGCAGGACAAGCUUCGGAUUGGCCACCUGGGACUAUCCGGAUGCCAGCAAGGCCCGGGUGUGCGUGGCGUUCACGGACAGCUCUUCUGGUGGGGCCUUGUAUACGCGGCUGACAACAUACAGUGGGAGCGAGAUUUUUCAGGACAACAUGGGUGGAAGCUGGUCCAACAGCGGACUCAUCCACUGGGAGUGCGGGUCCUGGCGGCCUCGGAGCAACUUCAUCUGCGGGUAUGGAUGGGGCACCUCAUGCAAGUUGCAGUUCAAGCACACUCAGUCGGUCAACGUAGUGAUUUGGUACGUGAACAUCGAGUUCCAGAAUCAGGACCCGCUGGUUCAGACGGCCUACAUCGGACGGCUUCAGCUGGAUGUCUCCUCCUGGCUCCCCGCCAACCCGGGAAGCUGGCAGCGGAUCAGCCAGCACACUGGCCUGGCCGUGAAAUCCGCGGACUACCCCACGGCCACGGAGGUGCGCACCUGCGUCAGCUUCGUGGACGAAAGCGCGGGCGGCUCUUUGAAGGUGCGCAUUCGCCGUACGGACUCUGGCGGGGGCACUGUCUUCAUGGAGGACAGCUUGCGGGGGACCUGGUCGGGUCUGGGGCUGGUGCACAUGGAAUGCGGGACCUGGCGGCCCUUGAACUCCAUCUCCUGCGGGUCAAGCUGGAGCAAUACCUGCCAAGUGGACGCCCUCACCACGGAGGGCGUGAACUUCGGGGUCUGGUUCGCCUCCCUGGAGUUCCGGGCCUCGCUGCCCCGGGACGUGUGCCGCUUCGCGCCCGUCUACGCCAAGGAGGCAGAUGACGUGGUGGAGAUCUUCAAGAUCGGCUCCUGGCCGGACUGGCAGUACUUCCUGGCGGACGCCCCGGUGUACUGCCCAGAAGGCAAGGUCCUCACGGAUUUGAAUGCGACAACAGAACACUUGCACUACUCCUGCGGGUCGGUGGCAGGCCUGGGCAGCUGCAUCGAGGGCUUCUCACCGCAGGCGGAUGUGAAGGCCUGGAGCAACUACCAGGCCCUCGGCUCCCUGCAGGUGGCGUGCCCCACCGACGCCUUGCUCAACGGCUUCCACUUUGAGUUCUCCGAAGGGGGCAACUGGAUGCGCUUCCGCUACACCUGCUGCAAGGCGGCGGGGGCUCCCAUGGUCCUGAGCUCCACCACCCCCACCGCGGCCCCGGCCGUCGAGGGCAUGUACUGCGCCGACGGCAAGGAUGCUUCAGGCAGGCCGUCCUACAAGCGUGUGGCCGGGGGCGGCAACAGGCUGAGCUUCUACCCCAUAACGGGCAGAUGGUGCAUCGGCGGCGCGUGCGCGCCGGUGAACGGCGCAGUGAGCCCCGUAGGGUUGCAGGGCCAGGGCUUCGACGUGGUGGCGAUGUCGGACUUCGACGGCCAGUUCGAGGGGAAAGGCAUCCCCAAGAUGGGCGGCAGCCAGGCGGGCGCGCUCAAGAGUCGGCUGCGGGCCAUCAAGACGCCGAAGCGGCCCAAGGCACCGAGGGUGCCAACGCUGGAGGGCUUCACAGUAGAGGAGCCCACCUAUGCGGCGGAGUGCAUGGACUACAGCCAGCUGUGGAACUCCAUCCAGGAGAGCUACAAAGACGCUUCCGGCGUAGUCCAGGCGCAUAUGAACCAGCUGAAUGCUGAGCCGGUGUAUGACCUGCCGGAGACCAACCCCUGCGCGGUGGCGGGCGCGGUCUCGGGGAAGCGGGGGAAGAUCGGGGGCGGGGACGGGCGCGCCACCCCGGAGAAGAUGGACUACACAGAGCUGGAUGGGUGCGCGGCGCGGGUCAUCACCCGGGAGCUGGAGGAAGCGAGGCUGGAGCGGGACAGCGCCAUCUUCUCCACUGUCACAGAUGUAGCCUAUGAGUCCAUCGACCUCAUUUGCGACAUCCCGCCCAACGUGGAGACCGCGCCCAUGGGAGUUGGUGCGGAGUUUCAGCCAGAGGAGUUCUGCGGAGACGCCUCCGAUCUGACGAAGGCGAUGCUUCUGAUGGGCAACUUCCAGUCAGGCAUUGGCUAUGCAAGCGCCCUGUAUAACAUCGAGUAUGAGGACAACCAGGA